UGAUGUUGGUUUGUUCGCUAUUGAAAGUGUUUUUUAACGAUUCUUCAUCCCGAAGCUGCUUCGAGACUUUCUUCUUCAGUUCUAUGUUUUCCUGGUCGACCUCUCCACGGUUAGAGAUUUUAUUGAAGAAAUAACUGAGUAUAGUUCAAAUACUCAUACAAUUCGUAAGAAGAUUAUUCGAGCAAUUAUUUAAAGAAUAGAUGCAUCGCACGUAGAGUCAUAAAAUAAAGAUUCUCCGCUGGAAUACGAGGAAAAGUGGAAAAGCGUGUAUUCCAUAGAGUUGAUUACAAGUACAUCUCCCCUUUGUGAUGCGUCACCGGGUAUAUGGGGCAGUGCUUCGAUACGCCGGUACAACCUGCACUGCACUAACCUUGGUUUGACAUCGCGGAGUGUGCGUGCCAGUGGAAAGGUAAGAUGGCGGCGGACGGAGAUGUGAUUCCUGAUCAAGAAAAAGUACGAAUAGUUUCGGACUUUAUACUACAUUCGCCACCAGGCGAAUUCAACGAGGUUUUUAAUGAUGUGAGAGUCUUGUUGAACAACGACAACCUGUUGAAGGAGGGUGCGUCCGGGGCAUUUGCUCAAUACAACAAGGAUCAGCUCACGCCUGUUAAGAUCGAAGGAAGCGAGUAUCCUGCCCUUAUAACGGAACAUAAUGAUUUAGGUGGACAAAGGUUUUACGAUGCUCGUAGUAAGCAAAGUUUUAAAUAUGAUCAUCUUAGAAAGGAAGCUCAGGACUAUGAACCCUAUGAACCAGACCCUGUAGCAGAACCUUGGAGAUCAGCUCUUCAAGAUGAAAUAACAACUUAUACUCAAAGUCAUUAUAGACACGGUGCAUGUUCAGUUUUUGGGAAGAGUCAAGGAGGUAACAUAACAUUAACAAUUUGCAUAGAAGAUCAUCAAUUUCAACCUAAAAAUUUUUGGAAUGGCCGUUGGCGUUCUGUAUGGACUGUAAGUUUUAGUCCAAGUUCCGGAAAUGCGGAAUUAAGAGGUAGUCUUAAAGUACAAGUUCAUUACUAUGAAGAUGGGAAUGUACAGCUGGUCAGUAGCAAAGAAGUAAAAGAAAGCUUACCAAUUUCAAAUGAAAAGCAAACAGCAAAGGAGUUAAUACGACUUGUUGAAGAAUCAGAAAAUGACUAUCAAACUGCUAUAUCAGAAAAUUAUCAAACAAUGUCGGACACAACCUUUAAAGCCUUACGAAGGCAACUACCUGUUAUGCGAACAAAAAUUGACUGGAACAAAAUUGUAUCGUACAGUAUUGGCAAAGAGCUUAAAAGUCAAUAGAAAUAGAUUUUUUUAUAUAAUAUUAAGAGAAAUAAUUAAAAAGCGCAUUUUGCUGCAUGGGUGAAGUCUGGAGGUGUGAUGUGCAUGGGAGCAAAUGUAACAAUGCUAUGUAAUGUUUGGUUAAACGUGUUUGACUGAAACUCAUGCAUGCCACUCAAGGUUCCUCUGGACCCCAUAAUGUAUCUCGUUACAGAAACAAAAGCAAUAAAGAGGAAUAUCUUUGUAGCUAUCAACUGCUUACAAAAAAGAAAAAAAAAACAAACAGGCAUUUUGAUUACAAUAUUAUUUGUUUUUUACUUGAUUUUAUAUGUUCUAUAUUAACGAUUUCUAACAACUCAAAAUACGUAUUUACUAUCUUCUAUCACUUUUAAUGAAUUUUAUCUGUAAAUGCUUUGAUACAAUGCUGAUUUCAUACAUAGCAAAAUUUAUAUAUUGUUUAAAAACACUCGUCAUUAGGAUAAAAACGUUCAUUGUUUUACAGUAUUUAAAGUAAUAUUGAUUUACGUAUUAAUCUUUAAAUUAAUAGAUGGGUGUUAUGUUUGCUUAGAAAAUAUCUAGUAUUUAAUUAUUUACACUUUUGAGGCAAUGAAGAUCCUUGGUCUUACUUUUUGUAAGCAUUUUAAUUAGAAUUACAUAUACAAAGAAAAUAAAAUCGCAUCAAAUUUGUAAUCGAUAGAUAAAAAUCAAACGUCAAUGAGAAACCUGGAGUGGAAUAUUGGAGUUGAUUAAUGCAUUUAAUGGAUUCAUUCAAAUUUUAUCAAUUAGAUAAUAAUCCACACUGUUAGCAUUGGGCAGAUAUAAAUUAUUUGAUUUAUAUUUUCAUGGUUUUGUGCAAUAAUUCAGUUUCAGUUGAAUUUUCUGAUUAACUGUAUUUAUUGAAUCUAUCUAUUAUAAUUAAUUAUAUGGAUUAUUAUCUUAUUGAUAACGUGGAUGAAUAUAAUUCUACUCCAUAAGUUUUAUGCAAAUUAUUAUUUUUACAGUUUGAAGUUGAAGUUUCAAACUAAAACGUUUAACGCCUUUGUUUUAUCUCGUAUUGAAAUCGUGGUGUUAAUAGUCAACAUUAUAUAAAGUAUAGCAUAAGAAAUGUUGCACAGCGGGAAAGAAAUUGCUGUCUAACAUGUGCAUGUUCGGUCAGCCUAAUGAAAUCAUCGAGUUAAAAAAAAAAAAAAAA